CCCUAAUUUACCCUUUUAUUUUCCCUAAUUUCCAACCGUAUCCCUUCCCCACUCCCAUCGAAAACCCAACCAAACAACACUCUCGAUCAGAACUCAUCCUUCUUUCUAAACUCAGUUCUUCAUUUAGCCCCACCCACCCCUUCACCCCUACCCACCCCUACUAGGGCAACUUUUUUUUUCCCAUAGUUGAUCGGACGGUCAGUCGUUAUCCUCAAGCAUGACCAUGCUGAAUCCUCAACCGUUGGAUCAGCAGGAAGAAGAGGAGAUGCUUGUGCCACAUUCUGACUUAGUUGAAGGUCCUCAGCCCUUAGUUGAAGGGCCUCAGCCCAUGGAAGUGGCACCUGCUGAGAAUGCUAGUACGGGGGAGAGCCAAGCCGCGGACGAGCCACAGGCAUCCCGGUUUACUUGGACAAUUGACAAUUUCUCUCGGUUAUCUGUGAAGAAGCUAUAUUCUGAGGCUUUUGUUGUUGGUAGUUAUAAAUGGCGAGUGCUUAUAUUUCCAAAAGGAAACAACGUGGAUUGUUUGUCAAUGUAUUUAGAUGUGGCAGAUUCAUCUACAUUGCCAUAUGGGUGGAACAGAUAUGCCCAGUUCAGCUUAGCUGUUGUAAAUCAAAUAAACCCCAAAUAUUCAGUGAAAAAAGAGACGCAGCACCAGUUUAACCAAAGAGAGAGUGACUGGGGCUUCACAUCUUUCAUGCUUCUAAGUGAUCUUUAUGACCCCAAUAAGGGAUAUCUUGUAAAUGAUAAAGUUGUUAUUGAAGCCGAUGUUGCUGUACGAAAGGUCAUUGAUUACUGGACAUAUGACUCAAAGAAGGAGACAGGAUAUGUUGGGCUUAAGAAUCAGGGAGCUACUUGUUACAUGAACUCUCUCCUACAAACCUUGUACCAUAUCCCCUACUUUAGAAAGGCUGUGUAUCACAUGCCAACUACAGAGAAUGACAUGCCAUCGGGGAGCAUCCCGCUGGCUCUGCAAAGUUUAUUUUAUAAGCUCCAAUAUAGUGAUACCAGUGUGGCGACGAAAGAAUUGACAAAAUCUUUUGGAUGGGACACUUAUGAUUCAUUCAUGCAGCAUGAUGUGCAAGAAUUAAACAGAGUGUUGUGUGAAAAGCUUGAAGACAAGAUGAAGGGUACCGUUGUGGAAGGGACAAUUCAAAAGUUAUUUGAGGGGCACCAUAUGAAUUACAUAGAAUGUAUCAACGUGGACUUCAAAUCAACGAGAAAAGAGUCAUUUUAUGAUCUUCAACUCGACGUCAAAGGCUGUCGCGAUGUUUAUGCCUCUUUUGACAAAUAUGUUGAAGUUGAACGUCUAGAAGGCGAUAAUAAGUACCAUGCUGAAGAACAUGGUUUGCAGGAUGCAAAAAAAGGUGUACUAUUUAUUGACUUCCCUCCAGUUCUCCAGCUUCAGUUAAAAAGAUUUGAAUAUGAUUUCAUGCGAGAUACAAUGGUUAAGAUAAAUGACCGUUAUGAAUUUCCUCUAGAACUUGACCUUGAUAGGGAGAAUGGCAAAUAUUUGUCUCCUGAUGCAGAUAGGAGCGUCCGGAAUCUCUACACACUUCAUAGUGUGUUGGUUCAUAGUGGUGGUGUGCACGGUGGACACUAUUAUGCUUUCAUCAGGCCAACACUAUCAGAUCAAUGGUAUAAGUUUGAUGAUGAACGGGUGACAAAAGAAGACUUGAAGAGGGCUCUAGAGGAACAAUAUGGUGGAGAGGAGGAGGUAUAUGUCGCUAAUAGCAGAUCUAAAUUGUGUCUUGUUGUGACAUGCUUUGAUUUGGACUUACUUUUGCUUUUACAGUUGCCACAGACAAAUCCUGGCUUCAAUAACACCCCCUUUAAGUUUACAAAAUACUCCAACGCGUACAUGCUUGUUUAUAUACGUGAGAGUGACAAGGAUAAAAUAAUUUGUGAUGUCGGUGAGAAAGACAUUGCGGAACACCUAAGGAUAAGGUUGAAGAAAGAACAAGAAGAGAAGGAGGACAAGAGAAGAUACAAAGCGCAGGCCCACCUUUAUACAAUUAUCAAGGUUGCACGUGAUGAGGAUCUUAGGGAGCAGAUAGGAAAGGAGAUAUAUUUUGAUCUUGUUGAUCAUGACAAAGUUCGUAGCUUUCGAAUUCAGAAACAGAUGCCUUUUAACCUUUUCAAGGAGGAAGUUGCAAAAGAAUUGGGUAUCCCAGUUCAGUUCCAGCGUUUCUGGAUUUGGGCAAAGCGGCAAAAUCACACUUAUCGGCCCAAUCGCCCAUUAACUCCGCAGGAGGAACUACAAACCGUUGGUCAGUUAAGGGAAGUUUCUAACAAGACCAACAAUGCCGAGUUAAAAUUAUUUUUGGAAGUGGACCUUGGCCUGGAUCUCGUUCCUAGUCCUCCACCUGACAAAAGUAAAGAUGAUAUACUCCUUUUCUUUAAGCUUUAUGAUCCUGAGAAAGAAGAGCUUCAAUAUGUUGGUAGGCUUUUUGUGAAGAGUACUAGUAAGCCAAUUGAAAUACUUCCAAAACUGAAUGAAUUGGCUGGAUUUGCUCCUGACCAAGAAAUUGACCUUUUUGAGGAAAUAAAAUUUGAACCUUCUGUCAUGUGUGAAAGACUAGACAAAAAGGCUUCAUUUCGAUUUAGCCAGAUUGAAGAUGGUGACAUUAUAUGCUUUCAAAAGAAAGCUUCUCCUGAAGUUGAAGAACAAGUCCGAUUUCCGGAUGUUCCUUCAUAUCUGGAAUAUGUAAAAAAUCGCCAGAUUGUCCACUUUCGAGCACUGGAGAAACCAAAGGAGGAUGAUUUCUGUCUGGAGUUAGCAAAAAGUGAUACAUAUGAUGAUGUAGUGGAGAGAGUGGCGCAGCGGCUUGGUGUGGAUGAUCCCUCCAAAAUUAGGCUUACUCCACACAACUGCUACUCUCAGCAACCCAAGCCUAACCCCAUCAAAUAUCGGUCCGUGGAUCAUUUGGUAGACAUGCUAAUCCAUUACAAUCAGAUUUCUGAUAUUCUUUAUUACGAAGUUCUGGACAUUCCUCUGCCAGAAUUACAAUGUCUGAAGACGCUCAAAGUUGCUUUUCAUCAUUCUACGAAGGAUGAGGUUGAAAUUUUGAAUGUAAGAUUGCCUAAGCAGAGUACCGUGGGGGAUGUUCUUAAUGAAAUCAAAUCAAAGGUAUAGAUAGGUGUAGCAACUUGAAUUGCAAUAUUGAGUCUAUGAAAGGAAGAACGCAAUUUCUGUACCCAGCAGGAAAAAAACAGUUUCCUAAUGUGGUAGAUUUCUUAUGUCUAGAUGAUUAUGUAUUUUAGGUACUUGUUAGUUUACAGCAUGUA